AUGGAGCCGGGCGAGCCUGGAACUGGCAUUGUAAUCGAAGAUAACGUCAGGGGCGGAGCUAUUCCGCGCGAGUUCAUUCCUUCAGCGGAAUCGGGCAUACGCGAAGCUCUGAACACGGGCCCGCUUUCCGGUUUCCCGAUAAUCGAUGUGAAAGUGUCGAUGGUUGAUGGUAGUUCGCACGAGGUGGACUCUUCGCAAAUUGCUUUCCAGAUCGCGGGAUCCAUGGCAGCCAAGGACGCAGUGAGCAAGGCAAGGCCCGUACUUUUAGAGCCCAUAAUGAGCCUGGAGGUAGUUACUCCGGGCGAGUUUUUGGGCGAAGUGUUGGGCGAUCUUGGCCGACGACGGGCCAGGAUACGAAACAUCGAAGGUCAGGGCGAGAUUCAGGUUGUCAAAGCUGCGAUCCCACUGGGUGAGGCGUUCGGUUACGCUAACGCGGUUCGCUCGCUGACGCAGGGACGCGCAAGCUAUGCGAUGGAAUUCGACAACUACGAGCCUGCUCCAGAAGGCGUUGUAUCGAAAUAA